AACUGUCAAGUUUAAUCGAGUUCGUUGCGGUAUUUGUCGGUGUUUUGCUUUUCAUUUUGUUUUUUUUCUUUAAUUCACUCUCAAAUAGGUGUUAUUAUACCUAACAAAAUCCUAAUGAAAUUUGGUUCCAGACUUUUGAGUUACCCCAUUCCUAUUCCUCUUUCAGGUACCUGUAUUGUACGAGAUAUUAGCAAAACUUUGGCACAGUGCGCAACAAAUAACUUCCGUACACUGACCCGGCUGUAUUCUACUAUCAAAAUGUCUCAAGAUUCUCAAACUAAAUGGGUGGCUGAGAAGACUAGAAUUCUUAACUUACCCAUCGAGGAGAAGCGUUCAUUGUACAAGUCUCACGUUACUGUUUACGGCGUGGACCCCUGGCCGAAGCAUGCAGAUGAUAAUAAAGUUGAAGAAAACAGAAAGCAUACCCUCGACGACCUGACUGAGUUUAAGAAAAUUACUCUAGAUGCUGGGAAGAGUGAGGACCUAGCUGGAAAGGUUUCCAUAUUCAAAGGAGAUAUCACCAAGUUAGAGAUUGAUGCUAUAGUGAAUGCAGCUAACUCUCGUCUGAAGGCUGGUGGAGGUGUAGACGGUGCUAUACACAGAGCAGCUGGGCCACUGCUGCAGGAAGAAUGCAACUCUCUGAAAUACUGUGCUACUGGUGAUGCUAAAGCCACAGGUGGCUAUAACCUCCCAGCUAAAUAUGUUAUCCACACGGUUGGACCACAAGAUGGAUCAGCAUCUGCCCUCCAAUCAUGCUAUGAAAAAAGCCUUUCUAUCAUGCAAGAAUAUAAACUGAAGACCAUUGCAUUUCCUUGUAUUUCAACUGGCAUAUAUGGCUUUCCGAACCGUCUUGCUGCACAUAUUGCUCUCCGCACUGUCAGGAAGUAUCUAGAAACAAAUAGUUUUGUGGAACGAGUUAUUUUCUGCACAUUUAUGCCUGUUGAUGUAGAAAUUUACGAGACUUUGAUGCAAAUGUACUUUCCACUGCACAAAUGGAAUUAUGUAGAUGGCCCUUCAGUUACUGAGUGAUUGUACAAAUUGGCCCUUGUGACAUGUAUACUAACUGGAUUUUUGUUAAUGUUAUUACCUAUAGUGUUAAAAUAAAAUGUAAAUCAUCUCAAUAAAACUAUUUCUAAUUUUUUGUUUCAUAUUAUGAUUUUUUUAUUACUUCUUGUACAAUUUUUAGCAAUGAUGUAUAAGUAGGUAUUUGGUAGAAGAAAUAAAAUAGGUCCACCAUGUGAAUGUUUAUUGGCUGAUUUUAAUGAUAAUAAUCAUUUAUGAUAAACGGAUAAUAUAAUCAUAAAAUCCAUUACAAACCUU